CAAAACUGUUCUUUUUAUAGGCAAUCUGGAAUCCAAUGUGAAAACGAUGAAGAUGGUGUGGUGAUGGGAAAGGGUCUUUUACAUGCUUAAAGAAAGGAUAGUUCCGGCUCUCCUAGUUACCAACUAAAUCUGGGCUGGUUCACAGCAAUUACUUGGCCUGUAAAUUAGCUAGUAAAAACGAUGAUCACUAAGCAAAUUCUGUUGACUUAUUUGUACUUGCUCAUUUACAUAUGUCUAUCAUCAGGCGUUAUUUUGUACAACAAGUGGGUUCUUUCUCCAAAGCAUUUCAAAUUCCCUUUUCCGAUAACACUAACAAUGAUUCAUAUGGGUUUUUCUGCUUUUGUUGCUGUUAUUCUUGUUCGUGUUUUUAAGAUUGUUGCACCUGUCAAGAUGACAUUUCAAAUAUAUGCAACAUGUGUGAUACCUAUUAGCGCUUUCUUUGCGUCCAGUCUUUGGUUUGGUAACACUGCAUAUCUGCAUAUUUCGGUUGCAUUUAUUCAAAUGCUCAAGGCCUUGAUGCCUGUAGCAACUUUUCUUGUUGCUGUUGUUUGUGGCACUGACAAGUUGAGGUGUGAUUUAUUCUUGAAUAUGUUGCUGGUCAGUGUUGGGGUUGUAGUUUCAUCAUAUGGAGAAAUUCAUUUUAAUGCGAUAGGGACAGUUUACCAGGUUACUGGAAUAUUUGCAGAAGCUCUCAGGUUGGUUUUAACUCAGGUCCUCCUUCAGAAGAAGGGUUUGACUUUAAAUCCCAUUACCAGCCUUUACUACAUAGCACCCUGCAGCUUUGUAUUUUUGUUUGUUCCCUGGUACUUACUGGAGAAACCAGAAAUGGACAUCUCACAGAUUCAAUUCAAUUUCGGGAUAUUUUUCACGAAUGCUCUUUGUGCAUUAGCUUUGAAUUUCUCCAUAUUUUUAGUAAUUGGUAGAACUGGAGCUGUGACUAUCCGAGUAGCUGGAGUUCUGAAAGAUUGGAUACUGAUUGCCCUUUCAACCAUAGUUUUUCCUGAAUCUACUAUCACCGGUCUGAAUAUUAUUGGCUAUGCAAUAGCUCUUUUGGGGGUUGUGAUUUAUAACUAUUUGAAGGUGAAAGAUGUUCGAGCAUCUAGUCAAAUUUCUAUGGAAAGCAUUCCUGAAAGAGCAACUAAGGAUUGGAAGCUGGAUAAGAAGUCGUCAGAUAUAUACAGAGAGGAUGAUAAAAUCAAUAACAUCGGUGGCGAUAGAAACACCAUGGGACCUUUAUCCGCUUUGGAAACGGCUGUGGAUGAGGAAGCACCGCUGUUGCCUGGACCUAGAGUAUUGUCUUACAUUGGGAGAAGCCUACUCGGCAACCAUUCUGCCUAAGUCCAAUCCAAUCUUAUAUUUUUAUUUAUAUGGUUGAUAUCUUUUGCAUUCUUUUAGUUCUCUUGAUGCUCAGGAAGCCUUCAUUUUCUCGUUAAAAAUUCUUUUUUUUUUCUUGGAUAGAGAGAGAGAUAGAGAGUCCAUGUAAUGUAACAUUUUUCAUAAAGUGCUAUUAUGUUCAGCAUACACAAUGUACUAGUUUUUUUUUUUAUGUCUUCCUACUAAGAAUAAUUAAAAUUACUAAAAAAUAAUAGCUAAGGUUGCAU